AUGGCGGCGGCGGCGGCUACGCUUCGCGGGGCGAUGGUGGGCCCGCGGGGCGCGGGGCUGCCGGGAGCGCGGGCCCGAGGUCUGCUGUGUGGCGCGCGGCCCGGGCAGCUCCCACUGCGGACACCCCAGGCAGUGUCCUUGUCAUCGAAGUCUGGCCUGUCCCGGGGCCGGAAAGUGAUUCUGUCAGCGCUGGGCAUGCUGGCGGCAGGGGGUGCAGGGCUGGCAGUGGCUCUGCAUUCUGCCGUGAGUGCUAGUGACCUGGAGCUGCACCCUCCCAGCUAUCCGUGGUCCCACCGUGGCCUCCUCUCCUCCCUGGAUCACACCAGCAUCCGGAGGGGUUUCCAGGUGUACAAGCAGGUGUGCUCCUCCUGCCACAGCAUGGACUACGUGGCCUACCGCCACCUGGUGGGCGUGUGCUACACAGAGGAUGAAGCCAAGGCACUGGCUGAGGAGGUGGAGGUUCAGGACGGCCCCAAUGAGGAUGGGGAGAUGUUCAUGCGCCCAGGGAAGCUGUCUGACUACUUCCCCAAACCAUAUCCCAACCCCGAGGCUGCACGGGCAGCCAACAAUGGAGCACUGCCCCCUGACCUCAGCUACAUUGUGCGAGCUAGGCACGGUGGUGAGGACUACGUCUUUUCCUUGCUCACGGGCUACUGUGAGCCACCCACUGGGGUGUCGCUGCGAGAAGGCCUCUACUUCAACCCUUAUUUUGCUGGCCAGGCCAUUGGCAUGGCCCCUCCAAUCUACAAUGAGGUCUUGGAGUUUGAUGAUGGUACCCCAGCUACCAUGUCCCAGGUAGCCAAGGACGUGUGUACUUUCCUGCGCUGGGCAGCUGAACCAGAACACGACCAUCGCAAACGCAUGGGGCUCAAGAUGCUGCUGAUGAUGGGCUUGCUUCUGCCCCUGGUCUACGCCAUGAAGCGGCAUAAGUGGUCAGUCUUGAAGAGCCGAAAGCUGGCCUAUCGGCCGCCCAAGUGA